AUGAAAUUACUAACAUUUCCUGGUCAAGGGACCUCCAUUUCCAUUUCCAUUUUAAAAGCGAUAAUAAGAAACAAAUCAAAGGAAUUUCAAACAAUACUGAGCCAAAAUGGCAAGGAGUCAAACGACCUGUUGCAGUACAUUUUCCAGAACCCUUCCAGCCCUGGAAGUAUAGCCGUCUGCUCCAACCUUUUCUAUCAAUUGUACCAGAUACUCUCCUACCCUUCCGAUUCUCUGGAACAUGCCCAGGGAAGCACGUUCAAAAACGAUAUACCCAGCAGAAGGGACAACGAACAAUGCUAUCUCUUGGGUCACUCGCUGGGUGAAUUAACCUGUUUGAGUGUUAAUUCGUUAUUUUCUUUAAAGGACCUUUUUGAUAUUGCUAAUUUUAGAAACGAGUUGAUGGUGACAUCUACUGAGAAGUACUUAGUGGCCCAUAACAUCAACAGAUCUAACAAAUUCGAAAUGUGGGCGUUGUCCUCGCCAAGAGCCACGGAUUUGCCACACCAAGUACAGAAAUUGUUGAAUUCCCCUAAUUUACUACCGUCUUCACAAAACACUAUCUCUGUUGCAAAUGCCAACUCAGUGAAGCAGUGUGUGGUUACCGGCCUGGUGGAUGACCUAGAGUCGUUAAGAACAGAACUGAAUCUAAGGUUUCCUCGCUUAAGAAUCACAGAAUUGACUAACCCAUAUAACAUUCCCUUCCACAAUAGCACCGUAUUGAGGCCCGUUCAAGAACCACUAUACGACUAUAUAUGGAACAUAUUGAAGAGAAACGGAACGCACACGUUGACAGAACUGAACCAUCCAAUAAUAGGCAAUCUGGAUGGUAACAUCUCUUAUUACAUCCACCACGCGUUAGAUAGAUUCGUUAAAUGUUCUAGCAAAACGGUGCAGUUCACCAUGUGUUACGACACCAUCAACUCUGCAACUCCAGUAGAGAUUGAUAAGAGUGUUUGCUUUGGACCAGGGAACGUGAUUUACAAUCUGAUCAAAAGAAACUGCCCUCAGGUGGAAACCAUAGAAUACACCUCUUUGGCCACCAUAGAUGCAUAUCACCACACGACUGACAACAAUGAGGAUUGA